AUGUCCUUUACCUCUCUGGGCUCGGGAUUCAUUCGUGUACAAGUUCCUUUGCUUAUCCUUCGUGCCUUGACGGGCAUCGGUGCAGCACUCAACAUCCCGUCUGCAAUGCACAUUAUCGUACAUAUGUACCCUGAGCCAAAGGUACAGUCCCGGGCGAUCGCAGCAUUUGCUGGUUCUGCCGCGGUUGGGAACGUGAUAGGACUCAUCAUCGGUGCCGCCCUUGUGACGUAUAUCUCAUGGCCAUGGGUGUUCUACUUCAUGGCGAUUGUGUGUUUCGCUAUGGCGGCAAUGGUUACUAUCUUACUCCCGUCUUGGCGAAAUCCAUAUACAGAGGGCGAAUCAUCAUACAGAAAACUAGGGCGCCUGGAUCCAAUCGGGGUGACAUCAGUGACAGGGUCCAUUGAGGGGUGGCGAAAUGCCCGUACAAUUGCGCCGAUCAUCAUAUCUGGCGCCCUCAUCGCAUUCUUCUUCCUUUGGGAGCCUCGUCUUCCAGAGAAUGCUGCCGCGGUGCCGCCAAAGAUGUGGAAGUACGAGAACUUCACCCUCCUCAUGAUCAUUAGCCUGCAACCCUUCAUGUGGUGGGCGUCCGUCCAACUCACGUUCUCGUUAUACUAUCAAGACGUCCUCCAGUGGUCGACUAUCAUUACUGCCAUACACUUCCUUCCACUUGGGAUCAUCGCAUUCGUGGCAAUGGCCUUGUCUACCGUCCUCAGAGAUAAAUUCCCGUUGAAAUGGAUCAUUAUCGGAGGGGAGCUACUGGCCAUUGCCGGCACAAUUCUUCUGCCAUUCGCAGAAACAAAGGAGGAUUACUGGCGAUUCGCAUUCCCUGGGUUUAUCCUAGGCACCGCCGGAAUGGCGCUUGUGUUUGCCACAAAUAAGUGCGUAAGGAUGUGUAUCUGGUUCGGCUUUCGCGCGGCAGCUAACGUGCUUUCCACAUCCGCGUUCCAUAAUAGCAUAGCCCUCUUUGCCGUUACCCCACCGGAAGUCGCAGCUAUGGUGGGCGCGAUGUUCUCAUCCGCACUUCAGCUGGGUAGCGCCGCCGGCACCGCUAUCGUUACCUCAAUCCAAUCUACCGUCACGCAAUCCCACGGCGGAGAACGCGGUUGGUCUGGCAGAGCAGCGGGGCUCUGGUUCCUCCUCGCAGUUGCCGUCGCAGAGACGUUGGGAGUAAUUGUGUUCAUGCGCCGGCUUGAACCUCCGUCGGCCGCGAAACCUCAGUCCACGAACCAGCUUUCCGAUGACGCACUGGACGUCAAGGGAGUGUCUAACGAUUCAGAGAAACCAGGUGCUGCGAGCUGCUGA